AUGGGGGCACCUUCUACCCUGGUUCCAUGGAAUAAUUACCCGCAGAAUAAUUAUGCUACAUCCAAUGGAGUUCUUGCAGAGUUCUUGCAGAGUGAAGGACAAGCAGAGGAGCUGCUACAAACCAAGCCAGUAGGAGCCUAUCUCAUCAGGGUUAGUGAAAGUCGAUUUGGAUAUUCACUUUCACUCAGGGGAGAGGAUCGAUGCAAGCACUUCAUGAUAGAUCAGCUUCACAAUGGAAAGUAUGUGGUCGUAGGGGAGCCUCAAGUUCACAAGACUCUGAAUGAUCUCAUCAGGUUCCACUCUCUAAAGAAGAAUCCAAUCUCACCGUUUGGAGAUACCUUGAUUGAAGCUUGUGGCCAGGAGGAAGGAGAGUGUGACUAUUCUGAUCUGGUUGAUAGGGAUGAUUAUAAGAGAAGCUCCACGUCUUCCACAUCCUCUAUGCCGUCGCGUCACAUCCCGUCACCCACCGAUUCGGCGGCGUAUAUGACCCCUGACCCUCAACCCUCUCAGAAGAAGCAGCCCUCCUCUUCCUUGGGGCGUCGCCUGACAUCAGGAGCUAGACCCACCAGCGUGGUAGCGUCGACCCCCUCUAAACCCCCCAGGGGCGUCAAGGCGUCGACCCAGAGGCCUGUUAGUGCCGCAUCUUACUUGAGUGUCACCGGUGACCAGGAUUCCGGUAAUAAACCCCAACUCCCAGAGGCUGCUGGGUAG